AUGGAUCCUUCCGUCUAUGAGGCAGCAAAAUUGGGUGAUGUUGAUUUCUUGAGAAGAAUUAGAGACGGUGAGUUAUCGAUUGAUCUCGAGUGUCAGAAAACACCUAAAGACAACAAUAUUCUACAUGUUGCCGUUGAAUUCAAGCAAGUAGAUUUCUUCACAAACAUCUCACUUGGAUCCCCAAUGUUUUGGGCCACCAACAUCAAGGGUGACACUCCCUUGCACACUGCUGCCAAAGUAGGUUGUCUUCUAGUAGUUGAGUUCCUCAUCAAUCAUGCCAAAAUGCUACACAUUGAAGGAGUUGAUGAAGAAAACGGACCAGCUGAUGGUGAAGCUUACAAAAAGUUACUUCGAAUGACUAAUUUAGAAAAGGACACAGCACUGCAUGUUGCUGUUCGAUGCGGUCACUAUAGAGUGGUGAUGCUGCUAAUUGAAGCUGAUCCUACACUCUGUUGUUUCACUAAUAGUGCCAAUGAGUCGCCUUUAUUCAUAGCUACGUCUAAGGGCUUUCAAAGAAUUGCUCGUUACAUUUUAUGUGAGUCACCAAUAUGUCCUUCUUUUGAGGGGAUUAACGGUGUCACAGCUUUGCAUGCAGCAGUAACUCGUAGGACAAAAAGCACCAAAGAUAUUGUGAACACAAUGUUAUCCAAAAAUCCCCAGAUGAUCAAAGAAGUGGACGCACUUGGGUGGACGCCCUUACACUACGCAGCGUUUAGAGGAAACCUUGAAGCAACUCGAGUGUUGAUGCAAUGUGAUAGCUCUGCUGCUUACCUCUUGGACAAAUCUGGAUUAUUGUCAGCUCUCCACGUCGCCGCCUAUGUAGGCCGUGCCAUAGUUUUGGAAGUGAUGAUUCGAUAUCGGCCCGAUGCAUGUGAUUUGCUGAAUGCCAAAGGCCAAACGAUUCUGCAUGCUGCCGUUUUGGGUGGACAAAUAAAUGUUGUUGAGUUCAUAUUGCAGACGAAUAAGCUUGAUGGGCUUAUAAACGAAGCAGAUAAAGAUGGCAACACUCCUUUGCAUCUCGCUGCGGCUUACCCACAUUUGAAAAUUGUUGAACUCUUGGCAUCCGAUCGUAGAGUUGAUAAGACUGCCAUCAAUAAAAAUUUCUCGAAGGCUGCCGAUAUUUUUCUUGGCGAUAAUUUUGGGCGGGAUGCCUUCAAUAGUCCGCUUUUGUUCAACCUGGGACGCUCUAGUGGUGUCCCAUUUUUCCAGCAACAAAUCCGCAGUGAUGUCAUGAAAUUGGAAUCUCUAGGUACUAUACGCACACCAAACAUUGCAAACAAGAGAGAAGAGCUGCAAGAUUAUUCACCAGCAGACAAGAAAGGAUGUGAUACUGAUCUUCUGAUUGCUAUGCUUAUCGCUACAGUUACAUUUGCUGCUGCUUUCACCUUGCCCGGAGGAUUUCAGAGCGACGGAUUGGCGGUUUUACACGCAAAGCCGUCUUUCCAAGUGUUUGUGUUAUUUGACACCUUCUCCUUUUUUCUGGCUGUUCUUGUGUUGUGUCAUUAUUUUAUGGCGGGAACCGACUCGCGAGUCAUUCUCGCCAGACCUGCAACUCUCAUUAAGUGUUCCUUUGGAGCAAUGGUGGUUGCAUUUGCUUCCGGAUUAUUUGUAGUGCUACCCAUGCAAAGUCCGGUUGGUACUGUGGUCCUUUACAUAUGUGGCAUUUUAUGCUUACUUGUCCUUUUUAGUUUUAGGGUUGUCAACCAACAAAGUAGUCGCGAAAGGAAGAUGCGCAGAUGGCUCCGCUCCCGCAUAAUAUAA